GAAGUUACACUACCUUGCUCCCCACAAAUUGAAAUGAGACGUUAUAGAACUUGUAAAAAGUCAUUUGUGUUAACGUACGUAGGUGCCUUUACAUCUAUUGCACACGAUUGUUCUUUUGUUUAACACAAUGGCGAGGCUAGCGGCAAUAAAAGAUUCAUUAGAGAAAGCCUUAUAUGAUGAAAACAAAAUUUGGGUAAAAUAUUUUGCCAUGUUGGAAAAGAAAACAGGAGUCAACAGGACUUACAUAUUUUUAGGAUCAGUUGUAAUUUUAGGAAUUUAUUUAGUUUUUGGAGUAGGACAACAAUUGAUAUGUAAUAUUUUUGGAUUUUUAUAUCCUGCAUAUUGUUCUAUGAAAGCUUUGGAAAGUCCAAAGAAAGAAGAUGACACAAAAUGGUUAACAUAUUGGGUCGUUUUUGCAGUCUUCACAAUUGUUGAAUUUUUCUCUGAUUAUAUUUUAUGCUGGUUUCCAGUUUAUUGGGUCUUCAAGUGCUUAUUUUAUAUGUGGUUGAUGGUACCUGUGGAAAAUAAUGGUUCAUUGAUCUUAUAUCGGGUUAUUAUCAGACCUACAUUUUUACGAUAUCAUAAUAAAGUUGAUCACUUUAUUUCAAAUGCACAGGAUGCAGCAAUUAAAGCUGCAGCGGCUGUUCUGUCGACAGAUAAACGGGAUUAAUAAAAUUUCUUAAAAUAUUGUAAUUAUAUUGAGAUAUUGUUGUUUAAUUAUCUAGAAAAACCAUUAUUUGAAUAAAAAUAUUUCUAUUGCACAUU